UUUAAAAGUUGGAGUUUGUAGAAAAAAGCGCCGGAAUAGAAGGUACGGCGAUAGCUUGUUUGAGAAAUUGAUUUUCGUGUUGCCUGUGGCGUGUCUACGACUGCUUGGUUAGAAAAGUGAAGCAGACGCAAGCGGAAAUUCUGCAGGCUGCGAGUAAUUUGGCGGUUUAAAGUUCUGUCGAAUAAAAACAGAUUCAAUACGUACAAUGGGAGAUCGUGGUGAUGGAGCUGAAGCGUUUGAUGAUGCCGUCGAGGAGCGCGUCAUUAAUGAAGAGUACAAAAUAUGGAAGAAAAAUACUCCUUUUUUGUACGAUCUGGUAAUGACUCACGCCUUGGAAUGGCCAUCACUGACCGCACAAUGGUUACCCGAUGUAACUAAACCGGAAGGAAAGGAUUAUUCCGUGCAUCGGUUGAUUCUUGGAACACACACUUCUGAUGAACAGAACCACCUGCUCAUUGCUAGUGUGCAGCUGCCGAAUGAAGAUGCUCAAUUCGACGCCAGUCAUUAUGACAACGAGAAAGGAGAGUUUGGUGGUUUCGGAUCCGUUUCCGGAAAAAUUGAAAUUGAAAUUAAGAUUAAUCAUGAAGGCGAGGUUAAUAGAGCCAGGUAUAUGCCUCAGAAUCCUUGUGUGAUUGCUACGAAAACACCGUCGAGCGAUGUUCUCGUUUUCGAUUACACUAAACAUCCUAGUAAACCAGAACCCAGUGGAGAAUGUCAUCCCGAUUUACGUCUACGCGGACAUCAGAAAGAGGGUUAUGGUUUGUCAUGGAACCCAAAUCUUAAUGGCUAUUUGUUGUCUGCUAGCGAUGAUCAUACAAUUUGUUUGUGGGAUAUUAACGCUACUCCAAAAGAACAUAGGAUUAUUGAUGCCAAAAACAUUUUUACUGGACAUACAGCUGUCGUUGAAGAUGUUGCAUGGCAUUUACUGCAUGAAUCCCUUUUUGGCUCUGUGGCCGAUGAUCAAAAGCUAAUGAUUUGGGAUACACGUUGUAACAACACUUCGAAACCAUCCCAUACGGUAGAUGCCCACACAGCUGAAGUAAAUUGUCUUAGUUUCAAUCCGUAUUCAGAGUUUAUCCUGGCAACUGGGUCUGCUGAUAAGACCGUUGCACUCUGGGAUUUGCGCAAUCUGAAACUGAAGCUGCAUUCCUUCGAGUCGCACAAGGACGAAAUUUUCCAGGUCCAAUGGUCCCCGCAUAACGAAACUAUUCUGGCAUCAUCAGGAACUGAUCGACGGCUUCAUGUGUGGGAUUUGUCGAAAAUCGGUGAAGAACAGAGUGCUGAAGAUACGGAAGAUGGACCGCCUGAGCUGCUGUUUAUUCACGGAGGACACACUGCAAAGAUUUCCGAUUUCUCCUGGAAUCCAAAUGAACCGUGGGUCAUUUGUUCUGUUUCGGAAGACAAUAUAAUGCAGGUCUGGCAAAUGGCGGAGAAUAUUUACAAUGAUGAAGAACCCGAUGUACCGGCCAGUGAAAUAGAGGCCGGUGCUCCAUGAAAACAUUACAAAUCACAUUUUAUUAGUAUUUUAUCUAUUUCUCCAUCAAUAUUGAAGUAAUUGUUCACAAAUUCCAGCAUCAAGCCACGUUAAAAAUCUUGACGAUUAAUGUAUCUCCAAUAUAUGUAACUUAAAUGUAGUAGCAGUUAU